AUGCAGAGCCUUGGUGCGCCUUCUGCUCCAUUUCGCGAGAAAAAGGCAAAAAUUCUUCAGCAGCUGGCUAUCCCUGAUGCAGACUACUCUGAUGCAUCACCCAAAGGUUCCGUUGAUGAAGGAAUUCGGUAUCUCAUUGACGAAAUCAACACUGCUGAAGGAUAUGUAACGACAAGUAGCUGUGCGGGCCGCGCCAGUGUUUUUCUUGAAGGUCGCAAAUCCAAAACUGGGGACGGGGAGAAUGGUGAGAGUGAGCAAGUUGCCAGAGUAGGCGGCAAGGGAGCGGGAGGCACAUGGCUGUACGUCUCUCAUGAUCCCAAGGCCGAUGGAGGUGAAGGAUAUUUGGAUUGGAUGAAGGAACUGGGAUUGCCAGAUGCAGCGGAUGUGCUCGAGAUAUAUCAUGAUGCCAGUGAUGAGAGGAGACUGAUACACUUCAAGUUUGAGCCCAUGAUUCUUCAUGUUCUUACUGCUUCGCUUGGCCAUGCCCAGCUUCUAAUAAGAUGCGCCUUACAAGCAGGAUUCCGAGAAUCUGGCGCCAUCAACAUCACAUCUCCAUCUAGCGAGCAGACCACACCCAUGGUUGCCAUCCGCUCCAUGGGCCUAAGCCUCGAAUCACUCAUUGGUUACGAAGAUGCACAAGGACAGCGUCGACGGAUAGUCCCUCCGGAGUAUCUCAAGAUGCUCUUGCAAAUCUCAAACGAGCGCUUCGUAGAAAACACAAAGCGGAUAGAGAGAUUUCGAUCAGCGUUGAAAGAGGCCAUACUGGAACCAAAGCCAGCAAACGUACCGAAAAGAUUGAAUCCUGAAGGCAAGGAGUGGGAAGAUGCUGCGGCUAGGCGCGAGAGGCUGCGAGCAGAAGGGCUGAAAAGGAAAGCAGCGCUUCAAGCUGAGAAGAAGGAAUCAACAUCGCAAGAUAUAGACGUGGAUUUGCAAAUGGAUCCUUCUUUUGAAUAG